GGAGUAGAAGCAGUUCGAGAUGAAGGGAGCAUUAUGGAAGGAGGGAUAAAGGGUGUGGUGGUGUAUAAAGCAUCCUUUGCAUCCAUUUCUCCGUCACUGCAGCUCCUCCACGUCUGACUUUCACUGUGUGGUCUCCUUAAAUCUCCACUUUUGCUAUCACCAUGUCUGACAUGCAGAAGGCGAUAUCCCUCGUCAUCGCGACCUUUUGUAAAUACUCUGGCAGGGAGGGGGACCCGACCACCCUGACUAAGGCAGAGCUGAAAGAGUUGCUGCAGAAUGAACUUGGAGAACUGGUGGGGAAAGCCCCUGACAAGGCAGCAGUGGACCGCAUCUUCAGCGACCUGGACACUAACCAGGACAACCUUGUGGACUUCGCUGAGUUUGGCAGGAUGUUCAUCUGCCUCACUACGACGUGCCACGAGUUCUUCACCAAGAAAAAAUAGGAAUCCAAGCGCAAGCUUGGGGAGCGCCCUAUGACCACUGCUCUGAAGAAGGAAUGACUAAUUACUACGUACUAAAUUAACAUGAGGUCACAACAGAUAUAUUGUAACGCACAAUGAAAUAAACUUUAAACCACA